AUGUCAAGUGGAUCGACGUCCUCCAACGACGGAUGUCAUUCAAACACGACGGUGUUCAACGAGAAUCGGAACGCACAGUCCUGUCAACAAGCAGUGUAUAUUGCGCUUUUAAGCUCCUUUUUUGACAUCACGAUAAAACCGCCCAUGAAAAAGACGAGUGUGGCUCUGCAAUUUUUGAAAAUCGAGUCUUUAAAAAAAGGUAACGAUUGUGUUCGAUUUGAUGACGUUGUGGAUCGGAGGUGUCAGGAGUUAUAUUGCAGAGAUGUGCUUUGUGGUGUUCACGAAAAAACCGCAAAAAGGAGAAAAGAAACAAAUAAAAUAGUCGAGAGUUUAUAUCUUCUUAUUGAUAUUCUACACGAAUGUGCAACAACCUUUUCGUCAUCAGCGACGGGUAAACGGAGUCUUCAACACUUUGAAAUUAUCAAAGAAAUAUCGUUUGUAUCCAAGACGGUGAAUUGGUCGCUUUCACUCAAUGAAGAAGAAUUCAAAAACAAAGGAAAAGAACUUAAUAAUUUCUUUUAUGAAAAGGUCAAACUGGGAAAAAAGUAUGUAUUAACAACAAAUGACAAUGUUAUUCAGCGGUUUUUAUGUACAAGAUGA